GCUGUCUCUAUGACACAACGGGAGGCCUAACAUUCCGUCCCUGGAGAUGCUCCAAGAGGAGCAUCCAGACCUGUGUCCAGUCAACAGAAGCGACCGGCCACCGAGCCUGACUGACCAUGGCCCUGUCAGCUCUGUGGCGCCGCUCUGUGAGCUGGAGAUCAGCCCUGACCCGGCUCGUGCAGCUCUUCCGCUCCCCCCAAACCUCCGGCACCAAAGGCUCAGCCAACCUGCCUCCACCAGCCCCACUGGCAAGCAGCCCCGGUGUUGCUGUCCCAUCAAACACUGCCCGGGGGGGGGCCCAGGGCAGUGGGAAGCCCCUGGCUGGGGCAGACCAGAGUGCCCCCCCGGGUCAACUGCAGCCCUACGACCAUCAGGGGAGAGCAGUGGCCCCGGUCCCACCAGCGCGGCACAGCCAGCGCAGCCCUGCCAGCUCAGCCAACCCCUCCGGGACAGCCCUGGGCAGUGGUAGCCCCCCAGACAGGAGCACCCCCAUGGAUGUGGACGCCACCCCAGUGCUUAACAUCAGCCUGGCCAGUGACGUCUCCAUGGAGGAGGACGCCCCCCGCGGCUGCGACCUCUCCCUGGCCAGCGACGUCGCCAUGGAGGAGGACGCCCCCCGCGGCUGCGACCUCUCGCUGGCCAGCGACGUCUCCAUGGAGGAGGACACCGCCCGCGGCUGCGACCUCUCGCUGGCCAGCGACGUCUCCAUGGAGGAGGACGCCCCCCGCGGCUGCGACCUCUCGCUGGCCAGCGACGUCUCCAUGGAGGAGGACACCGCCCGCGGCUGCGACCUCUCGCUGGCCAGCGACGUCUCCAUGGAGGAGGACGCCCCCCGAGGCUGCGACCUCUCGCUGGCCAGUGAUGUUGCCAUGGAGGAGGACACCCAGCAGCACGUGGGGACAGGCCUGCCUCCACCGCAGAGCAGCGUGUCCCCAGACGACACCAAGCUGGAAAGGCGGGGGGCGAAGAGGAAGAGGGGCUCUGAGCCAGGGGUUGCCAGCAAGAUCAAGGCUCCCGCAGCCGGGGCUGGGGCAGGAAGAUUGGCUUAG